AUGGACUCACCGAGAAGAGCCCGGAAUCGGGCCGCCUGCAAGCGUUGUCAGCGACGGAAAAUCCGCUGCGACGGCAAUAUACCGUCUUGCGGCUCGUGUCGGAAGGCCGGAGUUUCCUGCAUCAAUGAUGGCAAGCAGGAGGUCCAUCGCUCAUACAUCGCGAAUACAGAAAGUCGAAUAAAAUGGCUCGAGUCGAUUAUACGAGAUCGAUGCUCCGACGUUGACCUCAACCGACCAGACGGGCCACAGGGAGCCCUGGAUGAGGACCUGCGGCCUGGAACGCCGGACGAGACUGGAGCUAAUGUUCAUCACGAUGCAUCAUCAGACGACAUCCAGGAAAGAAGACAACCUCAAGUUGAAGUUAGCCCAAGGAUCAUAGUUUCCCAGGACCAGGGAGUCCUGCAAGAACCACCACAGGCAUCCGGGGUCAAUGAAGAGCCUCAACAAGCGCAUGAGAUCGGUCUCGUGUCUCUAUCUCCCGGAGGAGACCCCCGAUAUAUCGGUCCUUCCAGUGGCUAUUUCUUUGCGAAACGCAUCCUAACAAGGGCCGGCUGCCGCGGAAUACCCAAAUCAUCACCCAGUGCACCUUGGGAUUCAGCACACCUGUCUCUCGAGUUACUAAACACGCCUGCGGCAAUGCCAGCACAGAAGCAGAGCACGAUAGAGCUGACGACUAAAUAUUUUCGGACGGUCCAUCUUCUAUACCCGUUUUUGCAUGAACAAGCACACAUUCAAACUAUCGACAGGGUUUACGCCUCGCACGAACACAACCCUCUCGAACUCUUCCAAGUAUAUAUGGUUUUAGCAAUUGCCUCAUUGAACCUUUCACGUCAGUGCAAGGUACAUCUUCCAGUGGAAGGUUAUUACGCAUCAGCGAUGAAACAUGUGGACUUUGUUUGCAACCAUGGCUCAGUUACUUCACUCCAAUGCUUACUACUUUUGAUGGUGUAUGCAUUGUACAACCCAUCAUGCAACAUCAACAUCUGGAAUCUGAACUACCAGUGCCUUGCGAGUGUGAUUGACCUGGGGCUUCAACGAGAUGUUCGAGCAUCGUCAUCGCUUCACAUAUCAGUGUUUGAUCAAGAAAUGAGAACCCGUAUAUUCUGGGUCGUGUAUACAUUCGAUCGAACAGUCUGUACCAUGAUGGGACGGCCAAUUGGAAUUAGAGACGAGGCGUGCGAUAUACGUUUUCCCCUAGCUAUAUCAGAUCAUGAUCUUAGCAAGAUUUCGCCUGACUAUCAGACCUACGAUAAGUCGACAUCUCACACCUCAUAUUCCAUCCACUUAUUCAAGCUGGCUCAAUUGAAUUCGGAAAUAAAAUAUAUCAUGCACAGCAUAAAUCGAAAUGCUCCCGCUUACGCUUUACCUGCCGUCAGAAACAUUUUAACUUGGCAGCAGGACAUGAUGAAAUCUCUGGACAAUUGGUGCCAAAAUAUCCCACACCAGCCACGCGGGGAGGAAUCUGAAAUAGUGCUGCUGUGCAAGGCCAAGUAUCACGAGACGAUGAUCUUGUUGUUGCGGCCGAGUCCGGGAAUCCCAAAUCCCUCAGACGAGAUUCUUGGCGAUUGCUUCAACCAUGCUCUCAUGUUGCUUCAAGAGUUCAGUGCAUUAUAUGCUACGGGGAUGCUUCUCUAUAACCGACUCGUCGUGCAUUCAAUAUUUCUUGGUACAUUGGUCAUGCUGAACUGUAUAUGGAAACUACCACGAGCUGCGGCAAGGAUUCCCGUGGACGACCUUAUCUCAAAGUUCAAUACUUCGCAGAACAUUCUUAGUAGCAUCGGUGAACACUGGUCGGAGGCUACACGAGCGCGAGACUGUGUUAGAGAGUUAUCGACAAUGACGAUUCAGCGGCUCUUAAAGACUCAGCCGGCUCAAUCGGACUCGCAGUAUCAAGCCACUGACAAUCAACGGUUAGCACCUGAACGGCCUCAGCACCAGUAUCAAGUCGAUAGAAGUCAGGGCCAGGCUACCACUGAAGGGCCCGCGAACAUCAUAGCAGAUACAUGGCCCAUUGGAAAUGCACAGGCGGUGUUUGAGCCCCCCGCUUCUGAAUUCUCAAAUUUGUUUGACGACUUUCUGCAAGGAGAUUUCCCGGGUUGGAGUGGAAUGUCUGAUAUUGAUGGUCUCAUGUGGGAUAUAUUCAACAAUGGCCCGCAAUGA